ACGAAGGUCAGCUUUUAAAUAUACCAAGGCCAAGGAUGCGUGCUACGUACAUUACAUCAAACACUUUUCAUCGAUCUUUGAAAUAAAAAGAAAGAAAAAACAGCCUAUCAGACGGUUUUAGAAUAAGGACAAACUUCGCUGUCCAGCUUACUAGGAUGACAGAGCGAUUCUUCAUCUUUUUCACCCGAAAAUCGUAGCUAUGUUCCAUUCAAGUUCUUGUUUGGUUAUAGGGUUGUGGGCCUUGUGGCUUCGUUAGCUCGGGCAAGAGGAAAUGCACGCACCCAUUUCUUGAACAGGACAAACAUGGCUUCUCUGCAACUGCUGAUCAGUAACCCCGGUCCCUCUUCUUUCCAUUCUUCCUUACUCUAUACAUUGACAUCCCUCCACUCUUUCGACAGAAGAGCCGUAAAACCAAUCAAACCUAAUUACAAGAACUAUAACACGACAAUCCAAUCGGUCAUUCAAUGGAAUCGGAAACCCCAAUUAGCCGGAGAUACUCCCCGUGUUGUCGUCAUCACCUCCGGAAAAGGCGGUGUCGGAAAAACCACCACCACCGCCAAUUUGGGUCUCUCCCUCGCUCGUCUCGGCUUCUCCAUUGUCGCCAUUGACGCCGAUGUUGGCCUCCGCAAUCUCGACCUCCUUCUCGGCCUGGAAAACCGUGUCAAUUACACUGCCAUUGAGGUCCUCAAUGGCGAUUGCCGCCUCGACCAGGCUUUAGUCCGUGAUAAGCGCUGGUCCAACUUCGAGCUUCUCUGUAUCUCCAAGCCUCGGUCUAAGCUCCCAAUGGGGUUCGGUGGGAAAGCCCUAAUUUGGCUUGUCGAUGCCUUAAAAUCCCGCCCCGAAGGUUCUCCCGAUUUCAUUCUUAUCGACUGUCCUGCAGGUAUCGACGCUGGAUUCAUUACUGCUAUUACUCCGGCGAACGAGGCUGUCCUCGUUACUACACCGGAUAUUACUAGCUUGAGGGACGCUGACAGGGUCACGGGUCUUCUCGAAUGUGAUGGAAUCAAAGAUAUAAAGAUGAUUGUGAACCGAAUACGGACAGAUUUGAUAAGAGGAGAGGAUAUGAUGUCAGUUCUUGACGUUCAGGAAAUGCUGGGAUUGGCGCUGUUAGGGGUGAUUCCAGAGGAUUCAGAGGUGAUUCGUAGUGCAAAUCGAGGGUAUCCUCUUGUUUUAAAUAAUCCGCCAACGUUGGCAGGAUUGGCAUUUGAGCAGGCAGCAUGGAGGCUUGUUGAGAAGGAUAGCAUGAAGGCAGUGAUGGUUGAAGAGGAGCCAAAGAAGCGCGGACUCUUCUCAUUUUUUGGACGCUAGGAAGCCGAAUUUCAUACGUUUGCUGAACAAACAAGGUUUUUUUUUUUUUAUUUAAUUCAUUGGAUCACAGUGAUUUGGGGAUACCCAGUGUUGUGGUGCAAGUAAUUCGCUUUGGUUUUUAGGAACACCUAUUUGUUGUUCAAUGAGCUGGAGAAGUCGGAGGCUUUGUACAGAGAGAUUCUAUUCAAGGUCAGUAGGAACUACAUCACUGAUUUUAUCAGUUAAACCAGAUGGCACCAUCAAAUAGUGGUUGAAGUUGAUAUCACAAAGGUAGCAUUGAAAAACUUAAUAGAAUUUCAAACUGUUUGUCUCUAAUUGUAACCAAAGUGAUUAUUUGUUACUACUAAUUUUUUGGGAGAGCCAACUUAACUAUUUUAGUUUUUUUACUUUA